AUGUGCCCCACCACGUCAGACACAGCAGUAGACACCAGAUCUGAGAUCACCACCAAGGACUUACAGGAAAAGAAGGAAGUUAUGGACAAGGCAGAGACUGGAAGAGAGGCCUCUGCUAAUGGGAAUGCUACUGAGGAAAAUGGGGAGCAGGAGGCAGACAAUGAGGUAGAUGAAGAAGAGGAAGAAGGUGGGGAGGAAAAGGAGGAGGAGGGUGAUGGUAAAGAAGAGGAUGGAGAUGAAGAUGAGGAAACUGAGGCCACCAUGGGCAAACGGGAAGCUGAAGAUGAGGAGGAGGAUGUAGAUACCAAGAAGCAGAAGACUGAUGAGGAUGACUAG